AGAAUGGCUCUGGUCAACACUUCUAUCUUAACUGAAUUCAUUCUCUUGGGAUUGACAGAUGAGCCUGAUCUCCAAAUACCCCUUUUCUUACUCUUUCUUUUCAUGUAUUUUAUCACUGUUCUGGGAAAUUUGGUGCUGAUGAUUUUAAUUGUGCUCAAUUCUCAUCUGCACACCCCCAUGUACUUUUUCCUCUUUAAUUUAUCCUUUGUAGAUCUCUGUUAUUCUUCUGUGAUUACGCCCAAAAUGAUGAUGAACUUUAUACUAAAGAAGAAUAUCAUUUCUUAUGUGGGAUGUAUGACUCAACUCUUCUUCUUUUGUUUUUAUAUAAUUUCUGAAUGUUAUGUACUGAUGUCAAUGGCCUAUGAUCGCUAUGUUGCCAUCUGCAACCCACUCUUGUAUAACAUUACCAUGUCCACUAAGGUGUGUUCAUCUCUUAUACUUGGUUCAUAUUUGAUGGGAUUUUUUGAUGCCAUGAUCCAUACUGGAUGCAUGCUGAGACUGACCUUCUGUGAUACAAACACCAUUAACCACUAUUUCUGUGAUCCUCUCCCUCUGUUCCAGCUCUCAUGCACUAGUACCUAUGUCAAUGAGAUAGAGAUUUUCAUAGUUGGGGGAAAAGACAUCAUUUUGCCCAGUGUCAUCAUCUUUACUUCUUAUGGAUUCAUCCUCUCAAGCAUCCUCCAAAUAAGGUCCACUGAGGGCAGGUCCAAAGCCUUCAGCACCUGCAGUUCCCACAUAAUAGCUGUUUCUCUAUUCUUUGGCUCAUGUGGAUUUAUGUAUCUAAAGCCUUCCUCAGCUGUGUCCAUCAAUCAGGGAAAAAUAUCUUCAAUCUUUUAUACCAUUGUAGUGCCCAUGUUGAACCCCUUAAUUUACAGCUUGAGAAAUAAAGAUGUUUUAAUUGCCCUGAGAAAAACCAUAAAAAGGAGAAAUUUGCUUAUAGAUACAGUGAAGAGAUGA